AGAACGAUGACGUAAGCACGUCUGCAGCCUAGCAGCAGAAACGACGGCGUAAACAAAACAGCCAGCUACACAACAUCUAUUGCUAAUUGCUAAACGUUUAUUUAAAUAUUUUUCUUAAAACUGUAAAUGUAGCGAAAUUGUUUUGAACGGGAACAUUGUCUGUUAGCAUUUCUAUCGAUUAUUUAUAAAUUAAAAACCUGUCUUGUAUUUAUAGACUCAGAAAACGACACCGUUACAGUUAGCUUAAUAGCAUUAGCUAGCAUCAAGUAACGGGAUUUUGUAGUUCUUUCUGCUGUUCUUUAAUUUAAUUGUAUAUUCCCACGGUUACUUCAUCUAUAUAUUUUAUAAACACAUUCCAGCGUUGUUGUUGCUUUUCGUCAUGUCAUAAAUCCCGGUACCGAAUCCUCCGCGCGGCGGAUGCGGGCUGGAGAAGCGGAGCUGCGGGACCGAUGAGCUUCUCUGACGGCGGACGGAGAUGUUUAGCCUGAUGGCCAACUGUUGCAACUGGUUAAAGCGCUGGAGAGAGCCCGCCAGAAAAGUGACCUUGGUGAUGGUUGGGCUCGACAACGCUGGAAAGACGGCCACGGUGCGCGGCAUCCAGGGGGAGAAUCCGCAGGAUGUUGCUCCGACUGUGGGAUUCUCCAAGGUGGACCUGAAGCAGGGCAAGUUUGAGGUCACCAUAUUUGACCUCGGGGGAGGAAAGAGGAUCAGGAGCAUCUGGAAGAACUACUACUCGGAGUCGCAUGGCGUGGUGUUCGUGGUGGACUCCAGCGAUGUCCAGCGCAUCCAGGAGACGCGGGAGACCAUGGCGGAGGUCCUGCAGCACCCGCGCAUCGCAGGCAAACCGGUGCUGGUGCUGGCCAACAAGCAGGAUCAGGAGGGAGCGCUGGCUGAAGCGGACAUCAUCGAGAACCUGUCCUUAGAGAAGCUGGUUAACGAGAACAAGUGUCUCUGUCAGAUCGAACCCUGCUCUGCCGUCAUAGGCUACGGAAAAAAGGUGGACAAGUCCAUCAAAAAGGGCCUGAGCUGGCUCCUGAACAACAUUGCCAAAGACUACGAGGCCAUCGCCGAGCGCGUGCAGAAGGACACCGCCGAGCAGCGCGCUCUGGAGGAGCAGGACAAGAAGGAGAGGGCAGAGAGGGUCCGGAGGAUCCGGGAGGAGAGAGAGCGGCAGGAGCGCGAGGAGGCAGAACGAGAUGGCAGGCUGAUCCAAGAAGAGGAGCUGGAGGACGAGAACAUCCAGAACCCCUUCCAGCCAAUAGGAAGUGUGGUUUCUAAGAAUGAGGAAAGAGAGAAGAUGAGGCUCGGAGAGCAGCAGGAGGGCGGGGCUAACCGCUUUGGGACAUGGGUGGAGCAGGAGGAAGAGGAGUUUGAGGAGGACAACGGCGGGGAGCCAGAUGGCACCAGACAAACGCCAGAAAACAGCAGCUCAGCAGGGGAGCAAAGCAAGAAGAAGAGCAGCAAGCUGCACCUGAAGAGGAAACACAAAGUGGACCCUCUGAGGACGGAGGACAGACCUGUGGAGAGCCCCACGCCUCCACCCCCUCCAGUGGGAUGGGCCACACCUAAAGCCUCUAGACUUCCUAAACUCGAGCCCCUCGGAGACUCCAGACAUUCGGGCAUGUGCUUGACUGUGUGCGGAGCCUCCGCGGUUCCAAACGUCACUGAUCUGGGCCGUGUGGUCUGUGAUUGCUGCUGUUGUCUGGAGUCUGGCAUGAAGCAUGAGCCGCUCUCCAACAUGAUGGACGGACCUGAUUGACCUUCUCUCUCCCUCCACAGAUUUUUACAAGAAACCGCUCCCGCCUCUUGCCAAUAGACAGCGUCCUAACGGCGACUCUCAUGACGUCAUUUUCUAAACUUUUUUUUUUUUUACCCAGAAAAGUUACAGAUCAGUCAUGGAUAUUUCCUGUUUUGUUUUUCUUCUCUGAAGCACCUGGUGUGUGACGACCAGAACAGGACCGGCGGCGGCGGCGCUGCAGUGCAGAGGACUCGGAUCAGUCCACUCCCACCUGACUCGGACUUACAGAACCUUAACUGUUCCGUUCUUACUGAACAAACGCACGUUUAGUGCCGAGCUCUUAUUUUUCUACAGUAUUAGAACGCUUGGACCUUUUAUUCCCCUCAGAAACACUCAUGAAUGUAUCAGCCAUUCCUGAAUCAAAUUAUGAUUUUUUUAUUUUUGCACCUGAGAUUCAGAACAGUGAGCAGGAAGAGGAGCUCUUCUGUACUUUUAUAUGACUGAAACGUUUUGUGAUAAGUCUGUGUUCGCUUCAAAUGAUGUUCAAAUGAAAAAAAGAGGUGGGGUUUAUCCUGCUGGCGUUGUGGCGCUGCGUCUGUCCGCUUUGUGUCGUUCUGCUGGAAACAUUGUUUCUGUCUGUGGCUCCAUUUUCCACUUCGCCGUCCCAGAAGCCUUUGCAGCUGGCGGGACUGGUCUCGACAUGAGGAGGAGUCGUUCAAAGCUCAUGACUGUAUCCCGUCACACGGCAGAACAUUGUGAUGUCAUUGAAACAUGUCGUAUCUGACCCGUGUAGUGCGAACCGCUUUUGUUAAUGACCUGGAUGUUUAAAACAAAAAAAGCUUUUUUUUCUACACAAAUGCAGUUUUGUAAGCGCACAAUUAAAGAUGUUUUUCGUACGA